ACGACAGUCAGUUGUGCUGAGGUAGCCGCUACAUUAACAAGGACCAUUCAUUGUGCACUUGAGAUACGGAGUUGAGUUGUGUUGAAUUGUCACUCGGGAUUUUGAAAACCAGUCAGGCAAAAACAGAUGGAUUUAAGAUGCAUAAUCAGGCCCCUGGGCCUUCUAUUUGUCCUUGCGAUGACAUAUCCUGGAAUCACAGCAUCUUAUAGUAUCGGUGUGGGCACGGCAGAUUCAACAGGACCUAUUGCUGAAAUUGUUUUUAUGGGAUAUGCCAAAAUGGAUCAAAAAGGUACAGGCCUCCACCUGCGCACAUUCGCAAGAAGUUUCAUAAUCGACGAUGGAGAUCAAAGAAUUGUAUUUGUAAGCGUUGAAAGUGCAAUGAUUGGCCACGACGUCCGCGCUGCUGUGAUACGGGAGUUAAAGAAAAAAUACGACGAUUUGUACACAGAAGAAAAUGUUAUGAUAAGUGCAACACACACACAUUCAAGUCCAGGAGGGUGCAAUUUGUACAUGUUGUUUGAUCUCACGACAUUUGGAUUCAUAAAACAAAGCUUUUCGGCUCUAGUCAAUGCAAUUACGAAGAGUAUUGAACGGGCUCACAAUGCUGUUGUGCCAGGAAAAAUCUUUGUGGACCAGACAGAAGUUUUCGAUGCAAAUAUCAACAGGAGCCCUCAGGCCUAUUUAAAUAAUCCAAAGACUGAGAGAGAAAAGUACAAAGAUAAUGUAGAUAAGACGAUGACCCAACUACAAUUCGUCGCAGCUGACGGGCAUCCUUUGGGAGUCAUUAACUGGUUCGCUGUGCAUCCAACCAGCAUGAACAAUACAAAUCGCCUCGUCUCCAGUGACAACGUCGGCUAUGCUGCUCUUUUAUUUGAGCAGAAAAUGAAUAAAAAUUCGAUGCCCGGAAAGGGUAAAUUUGUUGCGGCAUUUGCGUCGAGUAACUUGGGUGAUGUGUCACCUAAUACUCGAGGACCAAAGUGCGAAUUUUCUGGUAAAGAUUGUACGGAGCAGUACACGUGUACGGGAAAGAAAGAAUUAUGCUUUGCAUCAGGACCAGGAAAGGACAUGUUUGAAAGUACAAGUAUAAUAGCUAGGAAACUCUUCACGGCGGCAAUCAAUCUGUGGAAAAAGGGUUCAAGCAAAGAAGUAUCAGGCCCAGUAAGAGUCGUUCAUCGUUAUGUGAACAUGCCAGAGCAGAAAGCAGAGUAUUACAACGAAACAACUGGUCGAGUAGAGGAGUUAUCGGGUUGUUUACCAGCGAUGGGGUACAGUUUUGCAGCUGGUACGACUGAUGGGCCAGGCUCAUUCGCCUUCGAACAAGGUACGACGACGUCAAAUCCAGUAUGGAACGCUGUUAGAAAUUUCGUUGCUGCACCAACAGAGGAGGAUAUCAAGUGCCACGGAGUUAAGCCCAUAUUAUUAGCAACUGGAAGGAUGUGGCUGCCUUAUCAGUGGCAACCCAAGAUUGUGUCCACCCAUCUUGCGGCAAUUGGUGACUUUGUAAUAGCAGGUGUACCCGGUGAAUUCACAACCAUGUCCGGCAGAAGAAUGCGCGAGACCAUUGCAACUGCCAUGAAAGAGAGUACCCAAGUAGAACCCAUCGUUACUAUCGCCGGACUUUGCAACACGUAUAGCGAUUAUAUUGCUACUCCCCAAGAGUAUGAGAUUCAAAGGUAUGAAGGGGCAUCAACAAUCUUUGGACCACAUACAUUAACAAUUUACCUUAAACAAUAUCGUGAAUUGACCCUAGCAGCCGUUCAUGGUAAGAAAGUAGAACCUGGGCCUUCACCACCCGAUUUAACUACUGCUAAUUUGAUAAGUCUCCAAACACCAGUGCUUUAUGAUACACCGAAAUGGGGAAGAGACUUUGGCGACUGUCUCAGACAACCUAAGAAAAUGGUCUAUCCUGGAGAUACUGUUUCAGCAAUAUUUGUAUCGGGACAUCCUCGAAAUAAUCUGAUGACUGACUCGAGUUUUUUGACGAUCGAAAAAAUAGGCGAUGACGGGAAUUGGAUUGAGAUUGCUACUGAUGCAAAUUGGGAAACUAGACUCUACUGGGCCCGAACAUCAGUGAUACUCGGCACCAGUCAAGUGGAAAUCACAUGGGAUGUUCCCUCAGAUGUAUUGCCUGGAAAAUAUCGCAUACGGCAUAACGGAUAUUAUCGUUAUAUACUCGGUGGAGUAUUCCCCUAUCGAGGCAUCACUGAUAUCUUUGAGGUCCAAAACGCUUCGAGAUUCUGAGAACCAUUUCCAUCCAGUAGAGUCACACUAGUCGAAAAACACUGAUGUGGAAUAAACGUUUUCAAGUGCCAUAGAUUUAACAGUACUGUGAAACUAAUUGUAAUAACCAGAAUGUCUAAAGCUGUCAGAGCGACUUGUAUAUGCUGAAAUACAAAAUGAGUUAGGCGUUC